GUCAAAUAUCUGCCGAUCUUUCUCUACAUUUUUCAUCAAUUUCGGAGAUCUGAUUAGACUGGUCUAAUGUCUGUCGAGCCUUCAGACGAUGAGGCGCCAGCUCUCAUACAGCCAGAAGACAAAGCUAAAGUAGCUAUGGAGGUAUCCGAGGAAGUUCCCCAACUGCAAUCCGUCAACGAUGACGAUGCUGUACCCGACCUUGUUGCCGCCCCCAGCGACAAACCUACCAGUAAAGUACCAAUAACCAUAGUGACUGGGUAUUUGGGUGCGGGAAAGACCACUUUGCUCAACUACAUUCUGACCGAGCAACAUGGAAAGAAGAUCGCUGUCAUUCUAAAUGAGUUUGGAGACUCUAUUGACAUCGAAAAGCAACUGACAGUAUCCGAUGCCAACGCAACGGAUGCGAGACCCGUUGACUUUGUACCUUUAGCAAAUGGAUGUAUCUGCUGCUCGGUCAAGGAUGUCGGUGUUGCCGCCAUCGAAAACCUGAUGGAACAGAGCGGCAAUUUCGAUUAUAUUCUACUCGAGACAACUGGACUUGCGGACCCUGGCAACAUAGCGCCUCUGUUCUGGCUCGAUGAUGGCCUGGGAAGCAGCAUUUUCUUAGACGGGAUCGUCACACUAGUCGAUGCGAAGAACGUUCUCAAAAGCCUUGAUGAAGGCUUCGGGGAUGAACAAAAAGAGGACGAAAAACAUGACCAUCACGGUCCACUCUUAACAACAGCUCACUUGCAAAUUAGCCAUGCCGAUGUCAUUUUGAUCAACAAAGCAGACCUUGUCUCUGCAGAGGAACUCGACAAAGUGGUAAACCGGAUACGGUCGAUCAAUGGACUAGCGAAGAUAGAGACCACAACGAGAAGCCAGGUCUCGCAGCUUGAAGGCUUGCUACUUGAUCUUCAUGCUUACGAUGCGGUUUCGGAUAAGGACUUACAAUUUGCAAGCAAAGGGCACAGCCACCUCGACCCGUCCAUUUCAACAACGACCAUUCAUUUUCCAGCUAUAUCAGAGUCACAAGUAGCGCAAUUUGACGAAUAUCUUCGCACUAUUCUAUGGGAAGAACAGCUCCCCGGUAGUUUUGCCUACGAUCCUUUCGAGAUACACCGGUUGAAGGGUCGUGUACCUGUACACGGGGGGAAACCCUUGUUAAUCCAGGGCGUUAGGAACAUGUACGAAACGACGGAAGGCAAACAGAAUGAUGGCGAUGAGGAAGAGGCAAAACUUGUUCUUAUUGGCAAGGGGGUAGGCCAACCAGCUUUCCGGGAGAGUCUUAUCGCUAUACUUCAAGCAUCUUGAGCUUCACCAGUUAAUGGAAACUGUUCAAC